AUGAGCCCGCCGGGCGGUAAGGAGGGCGGCCGGAGGCGGCGGCAGCGGGCGGCGGGAGCCAUGGCGGACGGCAACGCGGACUGGAUGGGCUCCUUGCCGGCGGCGCUGCGCAGCUACCCGCUUUCCAACCUGGCCAUCCCAGGAUCACAUGAUUCUUUCAGCUACUGGGUGGAUGAGAAAUCUCCUGUGGGACCAGACCAAGCCACUGCCAUCAAACGCUUGGCCAGAAUUUCUUUGGUUAAAAAGAUAAUGAAGAAAUGGUCAGUAACUCAAAAUCUGACUUUCAAAGAGCAAUUGGAAGGUGGAAUCCGCUAUUUUGAUCUCCGUGUGUCUUCCAAGCCUGGGGAAAUAGGACAGGAGAUUUACUUCAUACAUGGAUUGUUUGGCAUCAAAGUAUGGGAUGGACUAAUGGAGAUUAAUACCUUUCUUGAGCAACACCCCAAAGAAGUCAUCUUCUUGGAUUUCAAUCACUUCUAUGCCAUGGAUGACAGCCAUCACUUCUUCUUGAUCAAUAGGAUUCGCUCGGCAUUUGGAUCCAAACUUUGUUGUGUUGAGUGUGUAGAAUAUGUGACGUUACAGUACAUGUGGGAAAAGAAGCAUCAGGUUCUUAUUUUCUACCACUACCCGUUGUAUCGAGAAUUUCCCUUUCUUUGGCCAGGGAAUAAAAUGCCAGCACCGUGGGCUAAUACAACCAAUGUGCACAAGCUCUUACAGUUCCUGGAAACCACUCUUGAGGAACGAAGUCGUUAUGGGACUUUUCAUGUUUCUCAAGCAAUUCUCACUCCUCGAGUAAAAACUAUCGCACGGCAUCUGGUCCGUGGUCUGAAGAACACACUUGUUCAUAGGAACCUGCCCAUGAUUUUGAAUUGGGUGAAAGCACAGAAACCAGGUGUUAUGGGUGUUAACAUAAUUACAUCUGACUUUGUGGAGCUGGUUGAUUUUGCUGCUACAGUUAUUGCAUUAAAUGACCUCCUUCUAGAAGAGGAUGAUUCUUCAAGUAAAUCCUGAAUGCUGUGUCCCACUUGUGCUUAUCAGUGAAGAUCUUUCAACUAUGCUAAACUUUUAAGUGAAACCUACUGUAAUCAUUUAAUUUAAAACAAAGUUUUCUAGAGGAAAUGUGGUUUAAAAAUUAAAUUGUAUGCAGAAGGUUCUUUUCUCCUAGGGCUCUGUGGAUCGGAGUGGAACACAGAGUACCAGCUGAAUGCUGCUGCAUAUCUUUUUGUGGUUACAUGUUUGACUAAGUUAUGCACACAUCUGCUGCAGCACACAGUGUUGUCUGCCUGCCAACAAGAGGCUGGCCUCUGAAGUAGAUGUACCCAAUUACUGUACAUAUCUCCUUGGUGAGUAGGCUCACUGUGUCUCACAGUGUCCUAUUUUUUUUUUUUUUUUUUUGUUCAACUCAAGGAGUCAAAUCAGGAAUCAUUGUUGAUCUCUUUGUAGCAGUUUUACUAUUACAGCCAACACUCUUUUGUUUUUGGCCACAUCAGGCAUAGCUGAUCUCACUGGAUGCUGCUCUUGUAUUCAUCACGCUGUUUUAGACACUACCUCUGACUUAACUGGGGAGGGGAGAAAUAAAACAACUGAUAGCCCUGUUGUUCAGGGAGAAACAGUUGCUACACUCCUAAUAUCUUAAGUAUUCUUUGGCCCCCAGAUGCGAAGACAUGGCACAUACUGCCUCUUUACUGUCCAAACUCUCUUUCUAAAUUCCAAACUAAAGUAAAUAUUUUACUUCAGUUCUUUACUGUGGCAGUGUUUUAAUAUAUCUGUCCUUUGACACUAAUUUGGAGAAUAUUCCAGUCCUUAAAUUAUCAGUAUUGUAACUCUCAAUUCUGAAUUCUUGUUGUGAGACAGUUAAACAGAAGAGAAAACAGUGACCUUUCUUUGAUUUGCUGGUCACUUUUUUUAUUCACCCAGUUUUGUGGCAAAAGUCUCUCACCCAGAUAGUCCUUCUAUGAAAGGACCUAUGGAAGGAGGCUGGCUAACUGGGAAUUGUGUGGUAUUCAAAACAGUACUUUUAAAGACUGCUCAAAACUGAGAUCUGAGUACUGGAUCUGAGUUUUACAGUGUGACGGUGAAUUCCAAAACUGGACUCAAAUGCUAUGCUUGCAGUCAGAACUCCCACAGCUAUGUGGAAGGAAUUUCCUUGCCUUUACCCACUUGUGACAGAGUAAGAUGUACUCACAAGGGCUAGCAGGCAUCAGUGCUGAGUGUAGUCAGUCAUUUUUGUUGAUGCACAACAAACAUGACUGUGUGCUUGAGCCAAAGACAUCACAUUGAUAUUUCUGAGCACGUAAUUGAUGAGCCAACAGUGGCCCUGUGAUCUGUUUAUCUUGGUUUAAAGAACAACACAAAUGACUGGUGAGCAGAUACUGCUUGGUUGUCUUCCUAAACCAGCUGUUGGUGCAUUAAUUAUUCAGUGAUUAUUAACUUGUAUUAAUCUAUUCAUAAGAGAAUGAAUCAUCUUUAUGGGUAUUCUAUUCAAAAGAAAAAUGUCUCUGGAUUUAUUAUUUAUCUUAUUCUGUGUCUGCCACUGUGAUGUGACAGCACAGAAAAAUCCCAAACCAUUUUGUUUGUCACAACUCUGACCUCAGGACUUUAUCUAAAGGUUUGCAAGCCUUCCAUGUGAACCUUGGCCAAGUUCUGAGCAGGCUGUGGUCUGAUUUAUCUUAUCUACUUGUUGCAUGGGUUUUUGUUUGAGUUCUUUGCAUUUCUUCUAAACUGAAUUAAGUUGAAUCUUUUUUCCUUGGGGGCUGGGGAGGUUCUGUCUUUCAGUCUUUUUUCUGUUGAGCUUUAGUGAGGCAGGGCCAAGUAAAUAAAGCAGUCUCAGGGAAAUGAAGCUCAACUUUCUAGUUUAAAAUUUUGUUUGACAGCUACGCAGCAGAUUUCUAUUGCUGUUAUCUUGUUGGUUAAACUUUUAGGACUUGUUCUGAUUGGUAUCAUUUGUUUUCAGAGUUAUUUAAAAUUCCUGUUUUUUCAGUUGAGUCUUGUUAAUGUACUUCUGGCAUGGCCAAGGCCAAAACUCCAUAAUAGUAUUAAAUGUACAGAUUCUGUUCCAGUGGUCUUCUAGCUAGAAAUUAUCUUGGAGCAGAAAAACUUAGAUUAGGUGCUGAUGAGGCAGAAAUAAAAUGUUUGCAGUGUUCUCUACAGAGCCAGAAGACAAGAUGAGAAGGUGUAAUAGGUAUGAUGUUUGCAUUUGACCUUUAGUAUGUUUUAUACUGUAUGUAUCUACCUCAAAAGAGAUUUAUUCAGGCUUACCUAAUAUUUAUAUUGUGUGUACAGAGUAAUGGCUGUGUUGUUGGUCUUUCUGUUCUAUUUAUUUAAAUAGAGAUACAAUGAUUGCAACUCAGGGUUUUGGUUAAGUAUUUUUGAAUACAAACUUGUUUUUUUUUCACUUUGCUGUUGGCUCUAGCCCCUUGAAACGGAGCAAAAGAGUGCGAGGUGUUAAAAGUGUUAACAGAGGGACAAGAAGUGGAAAAUAGCUUUAGGAUUAAUUAUAAAGCAGGAGGAGAAACUCAUCUUAAAGAGGCUUGUGGUGUUCUAAAGCAGUGCUUGAUGUUCUGCCUCUGUGAAGAAACUUGACUUCCUCUGGAAGAAGCUGGUGACUGGCAGCUACAAUGGCCUGCUACAGGACAUCUCUUGGAGAUGCUCUGGACAGUACUGAUGUUUAGAACUGAUCUUAGGGUAAUUCCAAACUGUCCUAAGCAGCAAGAACUGCCUUUCUCCUGUUGCUCAUCAUAUCCCAUAGCAAAGCUGCUCGUGUAAUGGGAUUAUUUCUCUUUGCCCCACAGCAUAUUCGGAUACCCUCACACACUGUGAUAAUGAGCUGCUCUCCAACUUGGGCUUUGAGUUGUGGACUCUUAUUUUUCCAGCAGUAUAGAAAUGACAAGGAAGAGGUGACCUGGCAAGGAAAUGAGGAUGAGGAAAGUAAGGCAGUGGGUUGCAUCUGCAUCCUACACAUAAGGUGUGGCAGUGCUUAGUCAGGUUUGUGGCAGCGGUGGGGAGCAGGUCUGGUGAGUGCUGGUGAGCACUGCUCCUACUGAGAAGCUCAGCUGAGUCUUGCUCUCAGAGGGCUGCACCUGGAUCAGGUGUGGAUCAGCAAGCAGGCAGCAAGGCCAUGUGUGACCUUAAGGGAAAUAAAGAUUGGCAUUAGUGCAGGAGAAGGUUAAGGGACCUGUGUGGUUGAUGCGGACCUGCAUCUGUUGAGCAUGCUCAUAGCUUUACUUGGAUCUUCUCAAAGCAGUAGAAUUCAAUUUUGAACAGUUACAGUUGAAAACUCUCCGUGGGUAAUUGAGUACUUGAUGAUUUUGUAGAUGUAGGAGAUAAGAAGUCCAUAUAGUAAUAGCUGCUUGAGGCAAAAUACUUGAAACAUGUGUUCUUGAGCAAUUAUUUAUAUGGUAUGUUGUUAUAGAUUGUUUACUUUAUUUGCUGUUUCAUUGCUGUCACUUCUCUUCCUUGUGUGCAUAUGCUGAAUGCUGAGCACACUGAUAGCGUGCCCAUGCUCAGUGCUGUCAUAUGCAGCCCUCAGGCACACCUGAGGCUCACAGACCUCUGUGCACAUCCUGGUAGAGAACAGCAGAGAGAAGAGUAUCAGAAACAUGGGAGUUGUAGUGUCUUACCAUAUGUUUGUAAGUGAAAGCUAAGAGUUGUAACUAGCUUGAUUUUUCAGACUAUCAGUCACUUAGCUUGUGGUUUUUUGUUGUUGUUGUUGUUGUUGUUGUUUGGUGAGGAGAAGCUGAGCUGAGUUGUAGUUCUUUGUUUGCUUUUUUGUUGCUUUUUUAUUUGAAAACACAAGUUUCUUGCAGGUGCUUUGCUGUGAUGGUGAAAAUCACUGCUGGAGGUGGUGCUGAUGAGGGAUGUUUUAGGGGUGCAGUGGUCAGUGACACAUGUCAGAUUGAGAAUCUUUGAUAAUCAGCCUCUUUGUAAUCAGCAUUUCUACUGAACUGACAUUUUAGGGAAGACUGAGAAGAAUGGGAUCAUCUGCUCCUGACACCUGUUUUCUACUGUGUUGGUACUGAGUUAAUAUGUGGAUGAUAGUCAGGAGGCACUCAUGCUGUAAUGAAGUUUUUAGACCAGGGACUUCGGCUCAAAGUAGGGUGUCUGCCAAGGUACUUAUCUGUUGCUCUGAUCUGGUUAAGCCUUGGAAAUAUUUUCCUUGUGUACCUGUCUCACAUGUCAGAGUUUAUGUAUACAGAGUUCACUGUAUAAUUAGCAGUUCUCAUUUUGUAUUUGUUUCAAAUAUUGUGGCGAUUCUGUUUUAUACUACAUUAAAUAUGAAAGUCAGUUGACAGAACCUGUGAGACUUGAUGAUUACUUGAAUAUGAAAUAUUUAUUAGAGUCCAUGUGCACUUUCAUUAAGACUUUCAGGUGGACUUAAGUAUAUUGUUACCCAUCCUUGAAACUCGAGGACCACUUCUUGGGAUGAAAUGUAAUUUGUGGUGACUGCUUUGAAUGCAGGAGAAUGGUUCAGUGUGAACACCAGAACUAACCCAAAACUGUAUUCAAACUUCAUACUAUAUCAAGAUGUAGUCCUUUUAGCAGAGAAGAUGAUUUCUUGCUCUUCUAGGUGUAUAAUGGAAGUUCUUCUGCUGUCUGGUAGCCAGAGCAUACACUGACAAAAGUAGUGGAAACCUACUGGGUGCUGAUCUUUCUAAGGGUCCCAAUUCAAUUUGCUGACAGAAGGCACUAUGGUAGGAGUUCACUAUAUUUGAACUGGCCUCCAUUUACUAGUUAGUUUACAAAUAAGAGCUCUUGGCUUUUAAGAAGUCUGUGAUUGGACCGAGAGAAAUGGACAUCCAUGCAUUUUGUUGAAACACACAAAUAUUGCUCAGUUGAAAUGUUUUCAAACUCCAGUUAGCUUUAUUUGAAUACAGGUUUGAAAAGCUAUCCUGCAGUAGUGAAAUGCUGCACCUGCUCUCACUAGUGUAAGUGCAGUAGAUCUGUUUUGCUUUGAGCUGGUAGAAGAACUCAAGCAUACACUGGAGAGUGAGUAGAUUUUGUGCUAACAAUGUGUAUGUGGGUAAGAAUGCAGCAUUCUACUUAAUGCUAAGUAGAUAAAUGAUAAUCUUCCUAGCAUUUUGGGUUAGAUUGUUAAACCAGUCUGUUUUACAUUUUAAAGUCAGGUCCUCUGAAUGCGAGUCUCACUGAAGAAGUAUGUUCAUGUAAACAUUUUCUACAAGUCUUUAAUCUUGUAAACAAGCUGUAGCUCUUAAUUGUAAGGCCUGGAAUAGCACUCACAGUUUAGUUGUGUGCUGAAUCAAAUUAUAUUUUAUAUUAUAUAAUUAUAUUACAGAUAUUUGCAUAUUGUGAUGCUCAGUGAUACAGUGCUGCUGUUAUGCUUUGUAGACCUGUGAUAAUUUACUGUCUAUCUCAAAUUCAGCUGUAAUGUAUUCUCAAUUCUUAGGAAAAGUACAUUCAUAUCAAAGUGAUUUUGACUCUUCAACUUUGCUCAGUGUCAAAUGUAUUUUGUAAUUGAAAUUUUUUGUUUGUACCCUUAAUGGGAGGGGCAAAGGAGGCCAGGUGAAGAAGAAUUACUUGCAAUUCAUAUUUUGUGCAAUUUCUCUUCUUUUUGGCCAUUCAUGCUUUGAGUCUGUACAAUUCAGUCUUGUGAUACCAGGAUGCCUCACUUGAACUGCAGAUAAACUUGGGUUGACAUCUGUGUUUCUGCUUUAUUCUGCAUCUAUAUCAUUGGGGUUUUUAAUCCUGAAAAUAAAAAUGUCAUGUGAGAUAAUC